AACCCAAGUUUGUGUGGCCUCUCUUACAGAAGUAGCUCUACGCUUUAGCGAUCGGUCAAGUGUGUGAGAGAGACCCCUUUUUUUGGGUUAGGUUUUUGUUUUGCUUUAUUUUCUCUUUUGGUCUCUCGUUGUUUGUGCUUUAAGCUAUGGCCGAGGAUGGUGUUGCUGCGGCAGUUACCAAUGAUUUGUCUACGAAGAGACCCAGAGAAGAAGAAGGAGAAGAAGAAGCAAAUGGAGUCUCCGUUUCCUCGAUUGUUUCUAUGGAGACUGAUGGGACCAAAGAGCCUAAUUCAAUCUCAACCGUCAUACCUGGGUGGUUUUCUGAGAUUAGCCCAAUGUGGCCCGGAGAGGCACACUCGUUGAAGGUAGAGAAGAUUUUAUUUCAGGGGAAGUCUGACUACCAGGAUGUGAUGGUUUUCCAGUCAUCAACUUAUGGAAAGGUUCUUGUUUUGGAUGGAGUGAUCCAGCUCACAGAGCGGGAUGAAUGUGCCUACCAAGAAAUGAUCACUCACCUACCCUUGUGCUCAAUUCCAAACCCCAAAAAGGUUUUAGUUAUUGGUGGAGGAGAUGGUGGAGUCCUUCGGGAAGUUGCUCGCCAUACCUCUGUCGAGCAAGUGGAUAUAUGUGAAAUCGACAAAAUGGUGGUUGAGGUAUCUAAAGAGUAUUUCCCUGAUGUGGCUGUUGGAUAUAAUGAUCCACGGGUGACACUUCACAUUGGUGAUGGAGUUGCAUUUUUGAAGGCUGUUCCAGAAGGAACUUAUGAUGCAGUUAUAGUGGAUUCUUCUGAUCCAAUCGGUCCUGCACAGGAGCUUUUUGAAAAGCCAUUCUUUCAGUCAGUAGCAAGGGCUCUUCGUCCAGGAGGAGUUGUGUGUACUCAGGCAGAGAGUAUAUGGCUCCACAUGCACAUCAUUGAGGAUAUCGUUGCAAAUUGUCGCCACAUAUUUAAGGGAUCAGUUAACUAUGCAUGGACCACUGUCCCAACAUACCCCAGUGGUGUUAUUGGUUUUAUGCUGUGUUCUACUGAGGGACCAGAUGUUGACUUUAAACACCCUGUGAAUCCAAUUGAUGCACAAGACAAUUCAGAAAGACCCUUGAAGUUUUACAACUCUGAGAUUCACACGGCUGCUUUCUGUUUGCCAUCUUUUGCGAAGAGGGUGAUUGAGUCCAAAAAAUAAGGGGAAAAAGCUUUUGACGCUUGCUGCUCAUUUCCAUUCCGGUGAAGUGUUUUUCUUGGCAGUGAACCAAGGAGUAAUAAGUUGAGAUUCAAAUUGAUGUCUGCAUUGUUAGUUAGCUUUAGAAUAGUAGCCCCGUAAUUUUGAUGAAUUUAGAUGUUUGUCUCUUUUUAUUUUUUGCUUCUCAUUGGUAUUAAGAUUUCAUGUCCAGAAACCUUGCUGAGAUAUUUAGUUCAAGCAGCCUUCCAGAUUUA